CAAGAUUAAUUCUUCUCAAGAAUGUUAGGAAACAGUUAACUUUUCGCAUGGAGGUUGACUCCUCCAAGCUAGCUAAAUACCAUCUUUGCAGAAUGUGGAGGCUGAAGGUUGCAGAAGGUGGUGGCCCCUAUGAGCCUUAUCUGUACAGCACAAACAACUUUGUGGGUAGGCAAAUAUGGGAGUUUGAUCCUAAUUACGGUACGCCGGAAGAACGGGCCGAGGUGGAAAAGGCUCGCCAGCUAUUUACUCAGUACCGAUCGAAAGUCAAGCCUAGCGGGGAUGUUCUUCUGAGGCUACAGUUAGCAUGGGCAAACUUGUCCAAUAGAAUUGGAAAAAGUUGGUGGGAACACUAUAAAGUUCUUACUGACUUUAAUACUGGAUGGGAUUGGAUGGGAGAUGUUGUUAGAGGUUGGAGGAGGACCUCUUGUGAACUUGCUAAAGAAAAUAACUUUCGACAAAAAAUUCCACAAGUCAAAGUUGGUGAAAAUGAGGAGGUAACUUAUGAGACAGCUACUGCCACAAUGAAAAGGGCUGCUUAUUUCUUUUCAGCCAUGCAAGCAAAGGAUGGGCAUUGGCCUGCUGAAAAUGCCGGCCCUUUAUUCUUCCUUCCUCCCCUGGUCAUGUGUCUUUACAUCACGGGACACUUGGAUAGCACAUUCUCUAAUGAAGAUGGAGGUUGGGGGUUCCAUAUAGAGGGCCAUAGCAUCAUGUUUUGUACCGUCCUCAGCUACAUCUGCAUGCGUGUUCUUGGAGAGGGCCCAUUUGGGGGGCAUAACAAUGCUGUCGAAAGGGGCAGAAAGUGGAUACACGAUCAUGGCGGUGUUGUUGCCAUACCUUCCUGGGGAAAAACAUGGCUUUCGAUAUUUGGCUUAUUUGAUUGGUCAGGCUGUAAUCCAAUGCCACCAGAAUUUUGGGUCCUCCCAUCUUAUUUGCCCAUGCAUCCAGCAAAAAUGUGGUGCUACUGUCGAAUGGUUUACAUGCCAAUGUCAUACUUGUAUGGGAAGAGAUUUGUUGGGCCAAUCACAGAUCUAGUUUUAGAAUUGAGGAAAGAGCUCUACUCUCAACCUUAUGAUACUGUCAAUUGGAAGAAAGUUAGACAUUUGUGUGCGAAGGAGGAUAUGUAUUACCCGCAUCCCCUUAUACAAGACUUGUUGUGGGAUGGCCUUUACAUAAUGACAGAACCAUUACUUACACGUUGGCCUUUCAAUAAAUUGAGAGAGAAAGCCCUCCGACAAACAAUGGAGUACAUCCACUAUGAAGACGAAAAUAGUCGUUACAUUACAAUUGGAUGUGUGGAAAAGUGUUGUGCAUGCUCGCUUGUUGGGUGGAAGAUCCAUCUAAGGCAUCUUGCUAGGAUCCCCGAUUACAUGUGGAUUGCUGAGGAUGGAAUGAAGAUGCAGAGCUUUGGCAGUCAGCAAUGGGACACAGGUUUUGCAGUUCAAGCACUACUGGCUUGUAACCUACUUGACGAAACUCGGGAAACUCUUAGAAGAGGGCAUGAUUUUAUAAAGAAAUCACAGGUGAAGGAAAACCCAUCUGGUGAUUUUAGAAAAAUGUUUAGACACAUAUCUAAAGGAUCUUGGACUUUUUCUGAUCAAGAUCAUGGAUGGCAAGUCUCAGACUGCACAGCAGAAGGACUUAAGUGUUGCUUGAUGCUAUCCCGACUGCCACCAGAAAUUGUUGGUGAAAAACUUGAACCAGAGCAACUAUAUGAUGCAGUGAAUGUCAUUCUUUCGUUACAGAGUAAGAAUGGUGGUUUAGCUGCAUGGGAGCCAGCAAAAGCAGGUGACUGGCUGGAGCUUCUUAAUCCCACGGAGUUUUUCGCGGAUAUUGUUGUUGAGCAUGAGUAUGUAGAAUGCACUGCAGCAGCAAUUCAAGCUUUUGUAUUAUUCAAGAACCUUUAUCCUGGACAUCGCGAAAAGGAAAUUGAAGCUUUCAUAAAAAAUGCGGCUCGUUUCCUUGAAGAUAUCCAAAUGCCAGACGGCUCGUGGUACGGAAAUUGGGGAGUUUGCUUCACGUAUGGCACUUGGUUUGCAUUGGGAGGCUAUCAGAAAGGUGUAGAAUUUUUGCUUUCAAUUCAACGAGAAAAUGGAGGUUGGGGAGAGAGCUACCUCUCUUCUCCUUCAAAGAAAUAUGUUCCACUGGAAGAAAACAGAUCCAAUUUGGUACACACUUCAUGGGCGAUGAUGGGUUUAAUCCAUGCUGGCCAGGCUGAAAGAGACCCAAAACCCCUUCAUCGGGCUGCCAGGUUGCUUAUUAAUUCACAAAUGGAAAAUGGAGAUUUCCCCCAAGAGGAAAUUACUGGAGUUUUCAUGAAGAACUGUAUGCUACACUACGCAGCCUAUAGAAACAUUUACCCACUAUGGGCACUUGCAGAGUACCGCAACAGAGUCAAAUUGUCGUCU